AUGUUUCCGAAAGGUGAAGAAUUUGCAAAGGAUAAGAUGAUCUUUAUGUGGAUGGCUGAUGGGUUCCUACCAGAAAUCAAUGGGAGAAAAAUGGAAGACACGGGGAAUGAUUACUUCCUUGAGCUAGUAUCAAGGUCAUUGUAUGAACCACAUCCUUCUCAUGAAGAAUGCUUCAUUAUGCAUGAUCUAAUCCAUGAUCUGGCACAAUGGGCUGCAGGGGACAUCUGUUGUUCUAUGAUAGAUAGCAUGGAAGUAAAUAAAGUUCAUAAGAGAACUCGUCAUAUGUUUGUUCGUGCAAAAGUUGAUACUCAAAGCUUGGAAAGCGAAUUCAAGGUUAUUGAGGAAGGUUGUUCGCUACGAACUUUUGCCUAUCCUAGGAUGCGUUUGUAUGACAUGUGUUUGAAAGAUCUCAUCCAAAGUGCUCGAUACUUACGCGUGCUAGAUCUAAGUUAUCUGCAAUUGUAUGUAUUGCCAGAGUGCAUCGGUGAUCUAAAACACUUACGGCUUCUUAACCUUUCUAGCACAAAAACAGUAAAAGUGUUGCCAGAAUCAACUAGCGAACUUUUCAACCUCCAAACCUUACUGUUAGAUAGAUGUCGAUCUCUUCAAAAGCUUCCGGCAAAUUCUAAAUUCUUGAUCAGUCUUCGCCACUUAAGGAUCGAAGGCACUGCAUUACAGAACAUGCCGGUGUGGAUUGGAAAAUUGACAAACCUGCAGACAUUGGACAAGUUUGUGUUAGAAGCUGGGGACGGGUCCAGGGUAAGUGAGCUGAGGGAAUUGAAUCAUCUCCAUGAUGAAUUACGUCUAAUAUGGGAAGAGGAUUAUGAUGAUAGUAAAGAUGAUGUGUCAGAGGAUUAUGAUGACAGUGAAGAAGAUGUAUCAGAGGAUUAUGGUGAUAGUGAAGAAGAUUUGUCAGAGCAUAACGAUGAUAGUGAAAACGAUGUGUCAAAGCAUGAUGAUGAUAGUGAAAAAGAUGUGUCAGAGCAUGAUGAUGAUAGUGAAAAAGACGUGUCACAGCAGGAUGAUGAUAGUGAUAACACUUUGAGAGGUGUGCUGGAGCAGCUGAAGCCUAACAGUUCCAUCAAAAAGUUUGAGUUGAAGGGUUACAGAGGAUUGACAUUGCCAGCUUGGUUAGGAGAUGUCUCUUUGAAGAACAUGGUUGACAUAAAGCUGGUUAGAUGUGAGAAAUGUGAAUGGUUGCCUCCUCUAGGACAACUACCUUUGUUGAAGAAUCUUUGCGUCAAAGACAUGGAUGGUAUUAAGCAGGUAAGUGAGGAAUUUUAUGGUUAUCGUAAUUGUUCAAUUCCUUUUCCAGCUCUGAGAGCUCUACGUUUUGAGUAUAUGAGAUCUUGGGAGAAGUGGGUGCACUCAUCACCAGUUCACGAUAACAGAGCAUUCCCCUGCCUUGAAGAGCUUUCAGUCCUAAAGUGUCCUUCACUGCAAGGUGAUCUACCUCCACAUUUCCCUUCUCUUGAAACACUGCAAAUCAAAUGCUGCAGGGAUUUGAGUAUCUCACUUCCAUGCCUUCCUUUGCUCGAGAAGCUCCGGGUAGAGAGAUGUAAAGUAUUGUCUACUUCUGCAGAUGUUAUUUUCUGUUCAGAAAUGUAUCUCGAGAGAAUUUCAGAAAUCACAGGCUUUCCUGGGUGUUGCCCUCACCUUCGAGAUCUGGAAAUAGGAGAAUGCAAUGAACUCAAAUCAGUUGACUUCUCGAAAUCAUCUUCCUCUUCAUAUUCUUGUUCUCUCGAUAAACUUUAUGUUAGGGAUUGCAAGUCUAUCGUUGCUAUUGGUGGGAUUCCCUUGAUGCUUCAAUCGUUGGUGCUGAAGUAUUGCGAGAAGCUACAGGCUGUUGAAUUUGAUAACUCACCCUACUCCUCCAGUAACGAAAAGGAGAUUAUUUUGAAAAGUAGUGAUGCGGUGGCGUGCUCUUCCUCUUCCUCAUCAAUUAUGGGAUCAACAAGAGAAGCAGCAUUAGAUUAUGUUGCUUCUAUACAAGAUUCAGUGAAACCACUACCACUGUACGCACAGGCUCCAUCUGAACUUCUCCAUCUCACCAACUUACAUAUAGUAAGAUGUCCUAGUCUCAUAUCAUUACCACCUCUGCUAAUCCCGAGUUUAGAAGAGCUUCAGUUCUGGGAUUGUGAAAAUAUGGAAGGUCUUCCCACUGGGUUGCAUAAUUUUACCUCCCUCCGACAAUUAAGGAUUGUACGAUGCCCAAAUAUAAACCAGACGGUCCAAGAGUGGGGAUCACACGGUUUGCACCUCCUUCAUUCACUUGAUUAUCUUUACCUGAUAGAUGUAGGCAGCUGCGUAGACUCAACACACACUCUUUCUCUCCCGCCUUCCUUGUAUGAAUUAGGAAUCGAGGGUUUCCAAAAUUUGAAAUCCUUUGUUGGCAACUUCUCCUCGCUUCAGAAUCUCACACUAAAAGAUUGCCCAAAAUUUUGCUACUUCUCAGGAAUAGGGUGUUUACCCAGGAACCUGACUCAUCUUGUAAUUCAAAACAGUGUAAACAUAGAGAAGCCGAUACGGGAGUGGGGACUGCACCAUCUAACAUCUCUUGAAAGUCUUACAAUUUUCAAUUUGGACAGCUUCAUAGAUGACACAGUUGAGUGUAUCGCAGGUCCAGAUCUUUAUCUUCCCUCUUCCUUACGUACGUUAAGGAUCAAGGGUUUCGCAAAUUUGAAAUCUAUUUGUUAUUCCGCCCUUCCGAACCUGAACGAUAUCACCAUCAGAUGUUGCCCCAAGUUUGAAUCUCUUGGUGACAAUGGCCGUUCGCAGCUGAAAUACGUGCAUAUUUAUGACUCUGAUCAGCCACUCACUUUGUCACAAGGGUGUCUCCCUCGGAAUCAAGCUCUGCUGAAUAAAGGAGAAGAACUGCAGAAGCUCAAGCAACUUUUGAGUGAUGCGCAUGAGUUAACAAGGCAGUUGAAAGUUAUGAUUUCAUGA